AUGAUGCUUGCGGGUCCUGCCAAGUCCAUGCUGUCGGUCUCGUCCGGUGCGCCGUCGUUCGUGCGUGCUGUGGCGAGCCGCGCACUCCAUCAGUCGGCGUCGCUGCAGCGCGAGCCGGCCCCUUCGCGUCAGGUGGCCCAGGUCGGCAGCAACCAGCUGAGCCUGGAGACGCCUCGUAACACAGUUGAAUAUGCUCUCUCGACCCUUGAUAAGGUAGUGAAUUGGGCCCGUCAGGGUUCCGCAUACCCGAUGACGUUCGGUCUGGCCUGCUGUGCCGUCGAGAUGAUGCACGCCUCGGGUCCACGAUACGACCAGGACCGUCUGGGUAUUGUGUUCCGUGCUACGCCCCGUCAGAGUGAUAUUAUGAUUGUCGCUGGUACUCUCACUAACAAGAUGGCGCCUGCCCUGCGCAAGGUAUACGACCAAAUGCCCGAGCCGCGCUGGGUGAUUUCGAUGGGCUCGUGUGCGAACGGUGGUGGCUACUACCACUACAGUUACAGCGUUGUCCGUGGCUGUGACCGCAUUGUCCCUGUGGACUUGUAUGUGCCGGGCUGCCCGCCGAGUGCUGAGGCUUUGCUCUACGGUAUCUUCCAGCUUCAACGUAAAAUCCGCCGGCAGCGCCAGAUGGUGCAAUGGUACCGCAAGUAA